AUGAAGCCAGUGAAAAGAUCUUCACGGCGCAAUCGUACCUACUACGAAGUCGUGAAAAGACUUGUCAAACGGGAGAGCGAAGGGGACUGCAGAUGGGGCGAGGCUAAAUGCCGCAGCGGGGAGUGCAUCUUGAGGGAGUACGUAUGCGAUGGAACGAAGCACUGCUUGGACGGUUCCGAUGAACAGGAUUGUGGGAUCGCGGACAGCUGCGAGGCGAGCGAGUUCCAUUGCGACAACAACAACUGCAUCGAAAAAUCUUGGCUUUGCGACGGUCAGGACGAUUGCGAGGACGGCAGUGAUGAACGGAACUGCGAAUCGCGUCCUGUGGGCACAGGCUGUGCUGCAUAUGAAUUUCAAUGUGUAUCUACGAAGGAAUGCAUAUCUGCAGGAUUCCAGUGCGAUGGGCAGAAUGACUGUCCAGAUGAAUCAGAUGAAAUCGGAUGCGCCCCACCUGUCGCUGUCCAGCCGCCAAUUCAAUUUUUGCGGAUAGGCUGCGGGGAAAGAGCUGUUUUGGAGUGUCGUGCGGUCGGAGUACCGACCCCAUAUAUCAACUGGAGACUGAACUGGGGUAAGACAUGUGGACCCCCACGCUGUACUCAAACAUCUGAACACGGCCAUGGAAUACUGGUCAUUAGCAACGCCAACACGUUUGACCAAGGUGUGUACACUUGUGAAGCGCUGAACAGCAAAGGCAGGCUAUUGGUCACUCCGGACGCCGUCCUCAAAGUGGACUGCCAACAGCAAUGCAAUCGAGCCGGUACUCUGUACCAGUCCUCAGACAAAAAAUGCGUCUGCAAGCAAUACGUUCAAGGAGAAUUCUGCGACCGGUGUGUGGAGGGCACUUUUCAACUCACCGAAAGCAAUCCUCAUGGCUGCCUUGAAUGCUUUUGCUCUGGUCUCACAAAUGAAUGCCAAAAUGCCGAUUUGUUUAAAGCUACAGUAUGA